AUGUCGAAAACCAUUACCGCCCUUCCCAGCGAUGAGGCCUCUCCGCUUUUACCCCGCGAUGAAGUCGGACCCCACAACUCACCCAACCCCUCCAAUCUGGUUCUCUUCCGCCGUGCCAUCGGUAUCAACGCCAACGUAGACCCUCACGACGAGUGUAACCUUGAAGCUGGCCGGGCUAGUGCACUCGGCAUAUAUGCCGCGACCAUCGCCACCGCUCGCCGCCUUCGCAUAACCCGAAUUCUCGUCUCUAUAUUGCUCUACGUUUGCCAUGCCGCUCAGCUGAUCAUUGGCGCUGUCCUGACGGCAAUGGGACCCUCCGCCGGUACACACCGCCUCGGCAUUACCAUUUUGGGCGCCGUCAACACCGUCGUUGCCGGCGUACUGACGUUCAUGAAAGGCCAAGGGAUGCCCGAGAAACUCCGCAAGAAUGAGACCGAGUUCCGGAGGCUGCAGAACUGGAUUGAAGAGACGGAGGCGCUCAUAGUUCUUGGUGUUGUCGGCAGUACGAGAGACGAAGUUGGCGAGCUCGUUGCGGCAGGGUUCAAGAGAUGGAAUUUGGCGAAUGAACGGAUGGAGGAUGUGAGGCCUGAGGAGUACUUGAGGCAGGAUGAAGAGGUCGCGGGAAGCGGCAAGGGGUUGACUUCAAAGAAGCUACGGAAAUGGCGAUGA